AUGACCGGGACGGACGAGCAUGGUUUGAAGAUUCAGCAAGCUGCGAAAGCGAAGGGCCUCGAACCCCAAGCGUUUUGCGACGAGCUGUCGCAACAUUUUCGUGGGUUGGCCGCUAAAGCGAACAUCAGCCAUACUCGCUUCUCACGUACAACUGAGAAGGAACACUAUGAAGCGGUUCAGCACCUAUGGCGUGGGUUGGAUGCGAAAGGUCUCAUUUACAAAGGAAAACACGAGGGUUGGUACUCAGUUACGGAUGAAUGCUUUUAUACCGACGGCCAAGUCACGAAGGUGGUAUCAUCUAAUCCGGAGGAAGAUCAAUUUCACAUCUCCGUCGAGACAGGCUCCAAGGUUGAGUGGACGCAAGAAGAGAACUACAAAUUUCGCCUCUCGGUCUUUCGCGAAUCUCUGCUAAAUCACUACCAGCAACACCCCGAUGCCGUCUAUCCUGAGCAGUUCCAUGCAGACGUGGUCGCAACACUGUCCGUUCCAGUGGAAGAUCUCUCUGUGUCCCGCCCGCGGUCUCGCUUGUCCUGGGGCAUACCAGUUCCAAAUGAUCCUGAGCACACAAUCUACGUUUGGAUCGACGCGCUGACUGUGUACUUGUCUGCCACUGGGUAUCCUUGGAAGUCGGACCUUACUUCAUUGCCCGAAGCUAUCUGGCCGCCUAACGUACAGAUCAUCGGCAAGGACAUUCUUAGAUUUCACGCAAUAUAUCUGCCCGCGAUGUUGCAAGCCCUUGGACUACCUCUAUCCCGACAGUUACUUACCCAUUCUCAUUGGACGGUAGGCCAGCGAAAGAUGUCCAAGUCUGUAGGCAACGUCGCGGAUCCAUUUGAAGCUAUUGACGAGUUCGGUCCUGAUGUUGUUCGAUACUAUCUCGCGCGUGUCGGAGGGCGCUUCAAGGACGACGUUGAUUGGUCGCAUUCCCAACUGGAGAAGCACUUUCGCGAACUCAUGUCUCUUCUUGGAAACACCUAUAUGCGUAUCACGUCGAAAAAGAUCAUGGAGAAGGUCCGUGUCGUCUCGGUAGAGCAGACCGUGGAGCCCUUCUCCGAACACAUGAGAACUAUAUAUAACCGGCUGUUGCCUGGGGACUCCAGCAUCGCAAGUGCUGUUGAUCAAGAGAUGAGCCGACUCAAAAUUGCGGACGCUCUUGAGCAUAUUAUGAACCUCCUAGGGCAGGCUAACGAGCUCAUGACUUUGACUGAGCCUUGGGCGAAGGACACGGGCUUACAUCACACCAUAGGCGUCCAAACUAUCGUUCUUCACACCCUGCGUGUUUGCGGUAUCCUCCUACAGCCGUUUAUCCCUUCCAAGGCGGAAGAGCUUCUAGACGCCCUCUUUAUACCAGUAUCCCACCGCACUCUCGCGUAUGCCAAUUUGGGGGAGGGCCGUGUCGGCGGCGUUACGCCCGGUCUGCGCCUCUUCAAUGCGCCCAGGAGCGGCGAAAAGGCGCACGGCACUAAAGGGAGACCAGUAGAGUAG